CUCAAGUCUCUCGUCUCUUUUGCCCGCCAUCUUUCCAGGUCGUUUUGGAAAGUUUGAAAGUUAGAUUUACACAGUUCAGGUGUUUCGAUCCAUCUAAGUUAUUUGGCGAGCUGACGAUUAUCGCCGGGACGCUGUACGAACAUCGUAGACUGUGGAUGGUGGCACAAACAUGCAGAAAGACUCCGUCGUAGAAGAAGACUCUGUGGCUCAGGACACAGCUGGCAAGUCAGUUUCUCGCAAACGCAAGCGACCACAGCGCUAUGUUGACAACGAUGGCGAAUCCGACGAAGCCGGGAGUAAUCCUGAUUCGCUGAGUAUCAACAGCCCUGUCGACACGAAAGGUGCGAAUGGUACUACUGCCAGUGGACAUGCAAGGAGUCGUUCAGUGUCACCGGCUGUUGCGAAGGGAGCUACAACAAACGGUGGCACUGAAGCCAGUGACUCUGACUCAGCCGAUCGGGAACUGCCGGAUGAAGCUCUGCGUGCCACCAGCCAGCCAGACUUUGCUCGCAUUGUCAAGCCCUGGCUGGCCAAGACCGUUGCCGGGCUGGAAGGCCGACAGCUAGAUGACGCCGUUGCAGAGAGAUGGGGACAGGUUACCGCUCAGAGACUGGAUCGGUCAUCCACUGCCAGUUCCCGACCAUCUAGAGCCAGCAGGGAGAAGGCAAUCCGGGACAUUGCUAUUGGUGCUGAAUUUGAGAAAGCCUCGUCUCGCAAACGCUUCUACGAGGAGGAAGAUUAUUCGGCACCGGAACGUAAGAAGCGCCUUCCAAAGCCGAAAGCCGUCACUGAUCUACGCGCGAAAGAACGUUCUCGCACCAAAGCGAAACAAGCAUCUGAGUCUGAAAUGUCUAUGGGCUCCGAGUCUGAGAGUGACCAGGACACACAGUCGCCAGCACCGAAGCGCAAGAGCAAACGCAAGGCAGUGAAGAUCAAAGAGACCAGCGUGGAGAGCAGUCGUGGAGGCACCGAUCAAAGCGCUUCGCCCUCCGAAGCUGAGGCUGAAGUGGAGGAGUCCGAAGACGAUUACGACGAAUUUUGCAAGGUUUGCCGCGAGGGCGGUGACUUGCUGUGCUGUGACAACUGUCCAUGUACGUAUCACAUGACAUGUCUCAACCCACCGCUUAAAUCAGUACCAGAAGAAACGUGGGUCUGCCCUCGCUGCUUGGCAGAGCCAUUGAAAGGGAAAAUUGCUCGUGUGCUAACAUGGAAGUGGUUCGAUCCGCCUCUUCUUCCACUCACGGAUGAACAAGUUGCAGCGGGUGUUCAGCCCCACGCUGCUCCUGGUGCAAAGCCUAUUCGCCAGUUUCUCGUCAGGUACAAAGACUUCAGUUUUUGGGAUUGCGAGUGGAUCAGCGAGUUGCAGAUGGAGGUACAUGAGAUCCACCAGUUUCGCUCAUGUUCUCAAAAGUACCGGCGUGUAAAUUUAUGGGCCACUCCGCCGGGUCCUCAAGAUCCAGAUAAUGUUGUCAAGGGGGACACUCUUGAAGCUGACUUGCUCAACUCUGGUGUUGCAGCUGACUUUCUCAUACCGCAGCGAAUCGUCAAGCACAGAGAUGGCGAGGAAGGGGAUAGGAAUUACCUAGUCAAGUGGCGGGAACUGACUUAUGACAACUGCAGUUGGGAGCGACUCGAUGUCCAUAGUGACAUGCCCCGCUUGCUGGACAAGUACAAUGAUAUCCGAGCACUCAACGACCCGACCUACAAGAAGAAGGACAGGAAGAAGAAGGAGAAGCAGCUGUCGCACUCCAAAUCCGUCAAGAUUUGCUCGACAAAGUACGAAGAACAGCCUGACUUUCUGACUGGCACCCUACAUCCGUACCAGCUGGAGGGUUUGAACUGGCUCCGCUUCUCCUGGGCACAGGGCACUAACACUAUCCUGGCCGAUGAAAUGGGUCUGGGCAAAACCAUUCAAACAAUAGCAUUCCUGUCUUCCUUGGUGAAAGAGGGUCACUGUCAGGGUCCUUUCUUAGUGUCAGCACCGCUCAGUACACUGAUCAACUGGGAGAGAGAGUUUGAAUUCUGGGCACCUGAUCUGUAUGCAGUGACUUACUGUGGACCGCAGGAAGCCAGGAGAGUUCUCCGGGAGACUGAGGUUUCCUUUGACGAAGAUGCAGUUAAAAAUAGCAGCAAGCUCUACAAGAUCAAGGCCGGAUCUAACAUCAAGUUUCAUGUGUUACUGACCAGCUUUGAAAUGGUUACUUUAGACAAGACACUUCUGCAGUCCAUCGAUUGGGAAGUUCUUGUCAUUGAUGAAGCACAUCGCCUGAAAAACAACAAGAGCCAGUAUUUCAGGAUCAUGUCCGCCUACCAUAUAAAGUACAAGCUGCUAUUGACUGGAACACCGUUGCAGAAUACACUUGAAGAACUGUUCCAUUUGCUCAACUUCCUAUCGCCUGCUGAGUUUUAUGACAUGAACAACUUCCUGACGGAAUUCCAGGACGUUUCCAAAGAGGAACAGGUUAUUAAGCUCCAUGAUCUACUUGGCCCUCAUCUACUGCGACGCCUGAAGGCAGAUGUGUUGAAGACCAUGCCAACCAAGACGGAGCUGAUUGUGCGCGUGGAUCUUGCACCAAUACAGAAAACUGUCUAUCGCAGCAUUCUGACGCGUAACUUUGAAGCAUUGAAUAGUCGCCGAUCCACCGCUGGUGGAAAUCAGGUCACACUGCUCAAUGUCAUGAUGGAUCUGAAGAAGUGUUGCAAUCACCCGUAUCUCUUCCCGGGACCAUCCGAAGAGGCACCGCGUACAAAAGUAGGUAACUUUGAAGGCCGAGCGUUGGUUGAAGCAUGUGGCAAGUUUUCACUGCUAGAAAAGAUGCUGAUUCGUCUGAAAAAGAACGGCCACCGGGUGCUGAUUUUCUCACAGAUGACUCGUGUUUUGGACUUGCUCGAAGACUUUCUCGAGUACAAGGAAUACAACUAUGAGCGUAUCGAUGGUGGAAUCUCCGGUGCUAGUCGCCAACUUGCUAUAGAUCGCUUCAAUGCUCCUGGAGCUUCUGGAUUUGUCUUUCUGUUAAGCACUCGUGCCGGAGGACUGGGUAUUAACCUGGCGACGGCGGACACUGUGAUCAUCUAUGACUCUGACUGGAAUCCACAUAAUGAUAUUCAGGCAUUGAGUCGUGCUCAUCGUAUUGGCCAGCAGAACACUGUCAUGAUCUAUCGCUUUGUCACCAGAUCAUCUGUUGAAGAGCGUGUUACUGAGGUGGCCAAACGUAAGAUGAUGCUGACACACAUGGUGGUGAGGCCUGGCCUGGGUGGGAAAAGCCAAGCCCAGUUCACGAAGAAGGAGAUGGACGACAUUCUGCGUUUUGGCACGCAGCAGUUGUUUGAGGAUGACAACGAGAAAGAUGGUAACAAAGAUGAAGCAGAUGGAGCUAGCAAAGAUACUGGUCGCAUUGUGUACGAUGAUGAAAUGCUGGACAAGCUGCUGGAUCGCACCCAGCAGAGUAACGUUGGUGAAAUGAAAGAUGGCUUGAAUGAGUACUUUAGUGCCUUCAAGGUGGCAAGCUUUGCCAUCAAGGAGGCUGAGGAGCCACAGCCCGAAGUGGAGGUUGUCAAGCAAGAUGAUGAUACCCAGAUUGAUACAAACUACUGGGAGCGCUUGCUGCGUCAUCACUUUGAUCACAUGGUGGAAGAAGAGCAGGGCCAGCUCAGUGAGAUGGGCAAAGGCAAGCGGCAACGCAAGCAAGUCAACUACAUGGACUCCGGCUAUCAGGAGUCCUCCUAUGACCGCCAUGCAAAGAAUGAAGAUCCUGAUGCAUCGUUUAGCAAUGAAGAAUCAUCCAAUGAGGAGGAUGAGGACUCACAGGAGAAAGCUACUGGCCCAAGGAAGCGUGGCCGUAAGGCUGCUGCUGCGGCUGCUCGUCUUCAGGCUGAAGUAGCCCCUGUACCACCACUCCUGGCUCUGGUGGACAAGCAGCUGGAGGUGCUGGGAUUCACUACACGCCAGCGCAAGGCCUUUCACACUGCUGUCAUGCGCUUUGGAUUGCCUCAUACCAUGAACUUUGACUGGCUUCCCACUUUGAUCAGGAAGAGGAAACCAGUAGCUCACAUUAGGAUGUAUAUGAACAUGUACAUGCGUCACUUGUGUGAACCAAGCAACAGUCGCGAACCCACAUACUCUGACGGUGUGCCAAAGGACAGUCUGAAUACGGACCUUGUUCUCAAUCGCAUUGGUAUCAUGAAGCUCAUUCGCCAGAAGGUACUGUCCUAUAAAUCUACUAAUGGUACCAGCAGCAAAGGAGAGUCCUUGCCAGUAGCAGCAGCAGCAGCGGUUAAACCUGGAGUAGCAUCUGCGCUGACACCGGCUGCCUCUGCAACAUCCAGCUCAACGUCUGUAUCUGAUAAAUCCACUGCUAGCAGCACUGCAGCGACAACAACAGUGGGGCCGGGUCAGCCACGGCCGGCCAGCGAUGCUAACACUUCUGCCAUGGCUGGUACCUCUACUGAGCCUGCAGUUAACGGUGACUCCAAUCCAGUUCUGGACAAAGCUAAGGAAGCACCAAAGUUCAUGUUCAAUAUUGCCGAUGGUGGAUUUACAGAACUGCACGCGCGCUGGGCGAAGGAACGUAGUGGUCCAGGAUCAGAGUUGCCUGUAACUGCACUGUUGGCAGAUGAGGUUGAUGCACUCGUCGAGCCAGUCUGGGGUCGUCGUCAUGAUUAUUGGCUUCUCCAUGGCAUUGUGGAGCAUGGCUAUGCUAGAUGGCCCGACAUCAUUGCUGACCCUAACUUGAGCAUUCUGGGCGAUGCAUUACACUCUGUUGCCUAUGAGAACAAAGUGAGAUAUCUGAACCGCCGACUGAAGCUGUUGGAGCAAGCCCUUCUUAUCGAGGAGCAGCUGAAAAAAGCUCAUGCACAGGCCUUGGUGCAGGAUCCUAAGCACUCGGUGAUGACUUUGAAUUCAAAGUUUGCCGAGCUGGAAGCUUUAGUUGAAAGCAACCAAUACUUGGUGCAACCAGCUUUGGUCAAAAACAAGGCCGCUAACAGAGUUUUAGCCAAUGCACUGGCUCAGAUGGAUGACCUGCUGGGUGAGCUUCGCUCCGAGGUCAAUCGCCUUCCACACCUGUUGGCCACGCUACCAUCCAUCUCCCAGCGCCUUGGCUUGUCCCAAGAGGCAAUCAUUCGCCAGGCUAUUACACCCCGGCCAGUGCCCGUAGCCACUUCCCAGCAUGCACCUGUAGCAACAGCAGCAGCAGCAGCAGCAACAAUAACAGUCGGUGGCAAACCGCCCCAGCUUGUUCCAAUAUCAUCGGGAUCAUCGACUGUGACAAGUGCAAGCAGUCGCCUAACACGUGUUGGUCUCGGUAACACCGCAGAUGCAUCAGUCACAGCCAAGCCGCUUCAUCAGCAGAAGCCACCGCCUGCUCAUGUUGCUUCUGCAGUUAACAGUGCUGCUGCUUAUCAAAAGCAUUCAACAGUACCUCCCGUUUCCUCUGUUACCAGCUUGGUGGACAGCAGUAGCAGUAAGUCUGCAACAUCAGCAUCUACGCCUCGGCUAGCUUAUGCUAUUACUGGUGCUAGUAUCGCUGCCGUGCCUGUAGUUAAGCACACACUUCCUCCACAGCCCGCAGCCCCGCUGUCGGGCUCCGCGGUGCCAACAGUGUCAGCGUCGACUCACUUAAAUCGUCCUGCCGUAGCUGCUGCCACUAGUAGUGUCACUGCUGCUGCUGCCAGUGCCAGUGCUAGUACCAGUGUUGACCAGCGCCAACAAGCUGUGGAGCCACCACCACCGACACUGCCAUCCAUUGGCUCCCCUCACAGUAACACGCUCCGCGCUACUCCGCAGCCGGAAACCAAGAAAGUCAUUGUUAUCGAGGACUGAGCCGGGUGAGUUCUGGCCAUACCUCCUUCGUCCUGCUACCCAAGACACUGCAGAGAAGCUUACUCGGCUUCUUUUUCAUAUUUCUGUGUAUGUGUCUGUGUCUGUCCGUGUGCAGUGAUUGCUACUUUUUGUGUGUGUGUGUGUGUGUGCUGGAUGUUCUUACGUUGUGUGCUUUCUUUCCUGCUUUCAUUGCUGUGCAUGCUGUUGUUUGACUGAUAGUCACAGAAGGUCUCGUCUGCUUUCUAAGCUGCUAAGGUUACUUGUCAUAUGAAGUAUAAAUACCAUUAUCUGGGCGACUGCCAACACUUCUUGUGGGCACUUCUUUGUUUUGCCCUAUGCCUGUGUUGGUCUGGGCCUUUUCCCAUUUCUUUGAUUGUUUUACGACUGCUGUUUAUAUCAUGCGCGCACACCCUCAUGCACGCACGCACUCACAUACACACAUAGUACACAUGCACAAACACAUGCACAUGCCUUGCAAAUCAGGACGCUGCAUUCACUGUACAUUUUAGUAGAGUGUUAUGCUAUUUGAACUGCAUGUACAUGCAUGCACAGUCUGGGACCAGUUCUUUGCUGUCCUCACAUGUGAUGUUUGCAUAUCCGUCCUACACGUCCUGUUCACCUAAGCCUAUGAUAGUCUGCCAUUGUGUUGUAGUGCAGCAUGUGCCAGCACUGCACUGCACUGCUCUGUCUCACACUACCACACUGGCCUUAGUUACACUCUGCUAGCUGCUGCUGCUGUUCCUCGUGGUGUAACACCAAGACUUUUUAAAAUACUUCAGAAGUAAAAAAGAAUUGCUGUUAACAAAUUGUCUUCAGUUUGCCAUUGGCAUGUAGUAUCAAGAUGCCGGGUUAGUAACUUACUACAACUGUAGUACAUUGCUACCAGCAAAUGAGGCAAGUCAGUAAGUUGAAGUUA